GUGAGGUUGGUAUCCGAACCGACACGUGUCGGUUCUGAUGAUACACAUCGAAUGGGCACUUCAUGCGUUACGAGAUGCAAGUUUCAAGGUGGCGCUUGAGAAGUGUCAGUUUUUCCUCACCACCAUUUCUUUCCUGGGGCACGUGGUGACAGACAAGGGACUCCAACCGGAGCCGCAGAAGGUGGCAGCUGUCAGGGAUGCGCCAGUACCUACCACUAUCACGCAAGUUCGCGCCUUUCUGGGCCUAACCUCGUAUUACCGAAGAUUUAUCAAGGGCUUCGCGGCGAUUGCGGGACCCCUCACAAAUCUCCUUCGCAAUGAUCAGCCGUUGAUCUGGACGCCGGAGUGCGAUCAAGCGUUUUCCAAACUCAAGGCUGCUCUUAUUUCGGCUCCGGUCCUUAUAAGACCGGAUCCCGAAAAAUGUUUUGUUCUCAUCACCGACUGGCAGCCAGAGGCGAUCUCGGCGAUCCUUGCCCAGGUGGGACCGAACGGACUCGAGAGUGUAGUGGAGUAUGCGUCCAAAUCAGUGUCCGCCUGCAAGCGCAAUUACGCCACUCCAACGGGUGAAUGCUAUGCGGCUCUCUGGGGAAUCAGUCACUUCCGUGUGUACGGGCGAAAAUUCACCCUGGUGACUGAUCAUGAGCCCCUGUUGGCUCUGAAGAAGUCGAAGGAUUACUCGGACAUGAUCGGACAAUGGGCAACGGUGCUGCAGAGCAUGGACUUUGACAUUCGUCAUCUAAAGCAUGAGAGACACGGGAAUGCGGACGGACUGACACGACUUCACCGGCCUGAUAAGGUUCCAAAGGGUGAAGAGGUAAUUCCGUGGAACGAACCCGAACAGGAUAUCAGACCUCGGUACGGCCAAGUGGAGAUCUUAUCGAAGCCAGUACAAGUGAAGUGGACGGGCAUUAUCGAGCACCCCACGUGGAUCGAGAAUCCAGAGCUACUGAUCAUACAGGGUAGGAGGACUAACGCGGAAGGAGAUCUUAUUGGAUUCCUCUUUGGAUUGGUACGACUGGGUCGCCGUCAGUUGAUUGCACAGGAGCUCAUCGCACCGAUCGUGCAAUUGGCGGACGAUCUCUCGCCCGACAUCUACUUUCAGAGCGACAACAGUCCUGCUCCGUACAUUUUCGAGCGAUCCUUGGAUCCGUACCUUCAGUGGACUUCGUGCUUGGACGAACCUAGGGACGAGGAUACCCUACCAUCGCGGCAGGAGUAUCUGAAGCCGUACGAGAUCCCUUACGCCUUCUAUCCGAGGGCAGAGGAAGUGGUGAUCGACGACGAAGAAGAAGAAGAAGACAACGACGAGGAAACAUCGGAGGAGGGAAGCUAUAGUGAACGUAGCGAGGGCGAGCUGAGUGAGGAGGAAAAGGAAGAAGAAGGAACCGGAUCCGAGUGGGAAGCCCCGCCGGAGGAAGCGACGCGUACGGGAACGGAGGCGGAAGAUCCGGAAGCGGCGCGAAGGCGUGAAGAGAUUGCCUCCGGAAAGCGCCAACAGGAGUUCGCUAGCGAGGCUAGCCUGCACAUCGGUAGCGGUCCGACCAGGGAUCCAGAGUCGCCGAGGCCCGAAGAUGGCGACCCUCCAGCCGCCCCCUCAAGUACCGUGUGACGAAGACGGCGCCGAUCCCCCUCCUCGUCCAGCCCCACCCGUCCCCCAGUUCGCCCACGUACCAAUGCGGGCGAUAGGCCUUCGACCUCG